UUUUGUGCCGCACACUUCGAGGUCAAAAAUUUUAAUCUACACCAAAGCACAAUUUUGCCUCGUGGUCGCAGACCCAUUCUUUAUUCACUAAAUUUUCAAGAAAGCAUGGGUGCUUAUCUGGCUAAGCCAAAAACAGAGAAGAUUUCUGAAGGCAGUGAAAAUGGAGAUGUUAGUUAUGGAGUGUCCUGUAUGCAAGGAUGGCGUGUAACUAUGGAGGAUGCUCAUACAUGUAUGCUUGAUUUUGAUGAAAACUCUACACUGUUCGCUGUUUAUGAUGGCCAUGGAGGGUCAGAGGUAGCACAGUAUGUAGCAAAGUACUUCCCAGAAGUGUUAAAGAAAACAGUGACAUACAAGAAAGGGGAGAUUAAACAGUCAAUGAUUGAUUCAUUUUUGGAAAUGGAUCAAAAAAUCAUCAGUGAGGAGGGUCUUGCAGAACUGAAAGAACUAGCAGGGCUUGAUAAAGACCAUGAUGAGGAAGAAGACCUUGGAAUGUUAGAACAAGAGGCAACAAUGCCAUUACGUGAACUGCUGCUCAAAAUGAAAGAGAUGAAGAAAGCAGUAGAUGCUAAUGAAGAUGCUGAAGAUGUUGAAUACUGGACAGAAAUUAGUGAAAAAGAUGCAAAUGAAGAACAUGCUAAUCAGACUGAUGCAAACAGUGGAAAUGAGAAAGGAGAAGGGAAGGUUAAAGAAAAUGGCUCACAGAAUGGAGAAGAGGGCUCUAUGUCCAGCAAAAAUUCUCCUGGAGAUGUUGCUAACAAUGAUAAGAAGGAGAGGGAAAAAGGGGAAUUGGCUCUUGAGAAUAAGAAUGAUGAACAACCUGAACAAGAAGAAGCAGAAAGCAGGUGUGCAAAUGUUCAUGGGAAUAGUGACAAUGAAAAGGAAUUUGUUGGUGCAUCACCUGGGAUUGAAGACAAUGAUUAUGAUGACAGUGAUGACGAUGAUGAUGAGGACGAGGAUGAUGAUGAUGAUGAUGAUGAUGAUGAUGAUGAUGAUGAUGAUGAUGAUGAUGCUGAUGAAGGCAAUGAAGUUCCUUCAGGCUCAGAUGAGGUUGGAUAUGAUAGUGGCACCACAGCAAUUGUAGCUUUUUUACAUGAAAAUCAGUUAACUGUUGCCAACGUCGGUGAUUCACGUUGUGUUUUGUGUAGAAACAGUAUCGCUUUGGAAAUGUCCAUGGACCACAAACCUGAGGAUGAACAUGAACUUAAUAGAAUCCACAAAGCAGGGGGAAAAGUUACUUGUGAAGGAAGAGUCAAUGGAGGGUUAAAUCUGUCCAGAGCAUUAGGUGAUCAUAGUUAUAAACUACAAACAGAAUUAUCCGCACAUGAGCAGCAAAUUACUGCAAUGCCUGACGUCAGACAAACGCAGUUAACAGAGGCUGAUGAGUUUAUGGUAAUCGCUUGUGAUGGAAUAUGGAAUGUGAAAGGAAGUCAGGAAGUGGUAGAUUUUGUGUCAGACAGAUUACGAGAACAGAGAAAGAAUGGUGAAUCAAACCUUACACAGAUUUGUGAAGAGCUACUCGAUUCUUGUUUAGCAUCAGACACCGCAGGAGACGGGUCAGGGUGCGAUAACAUGACCUGCAUUAUAGUGCUAUUUAACUCCGCUGAAAAAACAGAUCAAAACAGUAAAAAGAGGAAACUACAGAGUGAAACAAUUGAUGAAGAUUUCGUGGACAAGCGACUCAAGACGGACGACUCGUGAGUCAUACGCAACCGUACAGAAAGUUUUCAAACUCCACAGGGAUUCUUUUUCCACCUUUUACAUUCACAGACAGUUGGUGGUCGAGUAGGUGGAGUGUUAUUUCACGCCAGAUGGGAACGCGCUUGGAGCAUUGGGAUCUGCACGGUCUGGGAUCAAUGUCGCUCGUCGCUUCUCGUGGAAUAUUGAGUUACAAAAUUUCCCGUUUUCCUGAGAAGUUUGCUCGCUAAAAACCCAUUAAAAAUAUGUAAUUUUUGGGAACAUAAGGUUUAAAUCAAAAAGUUAUUUAAACUAAAUAUCGCCACUUACAUGCAACACUCCAAAACUGUGGAGUUAAUGCGCGCACUAUUGUAUCUACAUAGCAAUGCAAACUUUGUCCGCUAAGUCAUACGAUUUUUUCGCAACUUUUUGUAAGAAUUCUUUUGAGAGCAGUCAGAGGCUCCCCUAGUAGCCUGUCCCUCAGCCUGGUCCAUAAAUUGCUUUAAAAUGUGAUGUAUCCAUUCUUCUAGGGCUUUCUAAGAAAGACGAAGGCUGGCGAAAUUUAGAGCUAGUUUAGUAACUGCUUGAUUUGAGAGCAGCAUGUUAGCAUUUGCGUUUAGACUUAACAAUGCAGCAGCGUCCUUUGUUUUGAUAUCAGUGUAAUCUCAGUUGGGAAUCAAUCUUCUCUAUCUGUUACUUAUAGACUUUACUUUUAAAACCCUUUCUAAUAGUUGUGAUCUCAGUCUUCGCUUAACUCCAGUUUGUUCACCUGGAAAGAUUAACCAGAAUUGUUAAACUUA